GUGUACUGCCCUGCUAAGCCGGCAAGCCUAGCCUGAACACCUGCAGCACAGUACAGCUUGGCGGCCGGAGUAUAGCCGGCUAGCUAGCUGCCUCUACAUGCGGCCGUCAGAGAAGCAGUCCCUCAUCGCAGUUGAUAUCCGCUUGAUUUAUGAAUAUUAGCUCCGGUUUCCUGUUCUGACUUGGAAUUGGAUUUCGUGCAUUCAUCCCAGCCUGUACAUCAUUCAUUGCCAAUAUCAAUAUAUUCUACAGAAUAAACAACAGUUCAAAGAAAGAGAGAGAAAAAAAAAUGAGCGGACAAUCUCCAACUCAGAGAGUAGCAAAACCAGACGAGUGUGACUAUGCUCUGGUCCAAGAUAUGGGAGAAGGAUUCCGCCGAGGGACGUCCAAGAUCUCGGCCAUUGGAACAUCAUUCACAAUGGUCUAUGGAGAGUGGGUGGCUGCUGGGAGCGCAGAUGGAGACGAGAGUCCGGUGGUCAUUUGCAUCCAUGGAACGCCAGCAACGGAGGGAGCUUUUCGGCCAUUGGGCAGCAGAUUAGCAGCUGAGGGGUAUAGAGUAUUAGCUGUUAAUUUCCCAGGUAUGGGAUACACAGAGAUGGACAGUGAAAGACGCUUUGAUUUCUCCGUUACCCACAAAGCUGAGCUUGUCAAGGCGUUUAUUUUUAAAUUAGAGAUAUCCAGGGUAUCAAUGCUGAUAGGUCAUUCCACUGGAGGUCAGGUCAUAGGUCAUUUGGCUGCUGAUCGGGAUUUAGAGAACAUCGUCCAAUCAGUGUGCUUCCUGUGUAGCACAGGCGUACAGCCUUAUGGGUCUCAGAGAUACAGCAUGGUCCCCUACUUACCCUACGUGCUCUACAGAGCAAUAUACCUUCCAGUUCUUGGUCCAGUCCUCAUGUACCUGGCCUCGAUGGUAGUCCAUAGGUUGGGAUUCCGGGCCAAGACCCCCGAGGCCGGAGUCAUGAGCAUCUAUGAAGGUUAUCAGAUGAGAUUUGAUGUGUUUGCCAAGGACUUGACAAGACUAGGAGAAAGGCAGAUACCGGUACUGUUAUUCUACGGCUUGAGGGACAGGAUAGUCGAGCCAGAGUCAAUACCAGAGAUCAUUGAUUUACUGGAUAUCCCAGAGAGCGACGUGAAGGAGUUUGAUGAUGGAGAUGAGCCCAAUAUAACAUUCCAUGGUAAUUCUGUGAGACGGGUGGUGCGCUUCAAGACAGGAACCCAUCGGCUCCACUUUAAGAAAACUGAACUGGUCCUAGAAGAGAUUUUUUCCUUUCUCAGAGCUCUCAGCAAAAAAUCUAGAUGAAGAAUUCUCUCCACCUGCGACCCGUGUCAUGAAAUCCCUCUAAUUCGUAAGGUGAUGGACAUCCUGCAAAAACUUGUUAAUUCUACAUCAUGUACUUUUGUGGAUUGUUGAAGCAAAAUUUAUCAUACUUAUGGAUGUUUCUGAACGCAAGCCAAUUCUCUGUAUUCAGAUCCGAGUUCUGUCUUUUUGUAGGUUGGCUGGAUCAUGUCCUGGGGAGUCAGCAUUGAAACUUGUAUUUCACUGGUUCAGAUUUCCAAUGCUUGACCAGUCCAUUCUCGAAGCUGUGGACACUGGGUGCAGUUACUAAACCAUCGCUAAGACUAACUCCAAGUCAGUCAGCCAGAUUUUAAAUCAGGUUUAGUCACCUGUGACGGGGGUGGCCGAUUCACCUCGCACUCACAGAGAUCACCCUCACCCCUCCUUCCACUCUGUUUGGUGCGGUUUAUUGUGGGUGCAUCGUGGUCUAGUGGUUAGGACUCUCGCCUUUGAAACUGAGGGUCGUGGGUUCGAAUCCCAGCCAUGGCGUGUUUUCCUUCAGCAAGAAAUUUAUCCACACUGUGCUGCACUCGACCCAGGUGAGGUGAAUGGGUACCCGACAGGAGUAAUUCCUUGCAUGCACUGAGCGCCGGUGAUGGUAGCUCAAGCUAAAGCCGGGGUAAUAGUAGCAGCGCUUUGUAUCCUCAGGCAAAAAGCGCUUUAUAAAUCCAGCUAUUAUUAUUUCCAAUUGGUCUAAUGCCAAUUCAUCUAAUAACCAACUCGUCUACUAUCAUUUGGUCUAUCAUCAAUUCCUCCACUAUCUACAUGGUCUAAUUGCCAUAUCGUCCACUCACAAUUUUUUCCAAUAACCAGUUGGUCCAAUAGCCUUUUAGUCCAUAAACCAUUUGGUCUAAUUGGAUAAGUGUUAAUUGGGAAAAAUUAAUGAAAAUAAAAUGGGUGUUACACCAACUGGUUAUUACACAAAAUGGUCAUAGAUGAACUGUUGAUUUGACGAAGUGAUUAUUGGACCAAAUGGUUGUUGGACCAAAUGGUUGUUAGACCAAAUGUUGAUGUAUGGAAUGGCAUUAGACUUAAUGAAUGUAGACCAUGUGAUGAGUGGAUGAGUUGGCAAUAGAUGAAUCGGCAGUUUACCGUUCGGUGCAUCCUCCUCCCUCAACCCAACCCUCCUACACCACUUGCUUCUUUUCAUGCCUUUUCCAGUUGUCCCCAUCCUCUCUGACAUGCCACCUCGAACCCAAGUGGCCUUCUAAAAAUGUGAUCAAUAUCCCUGCUCAACAUAUGUCCAUACCAAAAUACUCAGUUCCACCUUCUCUUCCAAACCCAGCAUGUGCAUCAAGACCUCAUGAUGAUUUAUGUUUUUCAGUGACCGACCUUGCGAUAUAUGGUUCAUCGAUACUUGACAGAAAUUGCUGUGCAACUGAACGUUCAAGAAGGUAUCCUAAGAAUGUUCUUAUAGGAGACACUACAUCUGUGGCUUAUGCUACACUCACACCAUUGAAAGCUUGAACAUGAUUCCAAACCGACUAAUGGUUUGGAAAUAAUUUUAAACCGACCGAUGGAGUGUCAUUCAAAAUAACGUAAUAAAAUUGGUUGGUAUGGAGUCGGUUUCAUUGUGUCCAUUCAUUUCAUUCUUUCUAUAGCAGACAUUUUGGCCCGAAUUCAAGAAGGUGGUUUUGAAAACGGUUGGUUGAACCCCACGGUUGAUUGCAUGUUAAAAUUACGCUUAAUUUAGUGCAUAUAACAAAAUGUCCAAUACUGAUGUACGCUUUUGUCACUGAGCGCCAAAUUGACACCUGUUGCCAUGGUUAAGCACCCUGUUUUAUUCAUGGGUGCACUGUUUUGAACAGAGGACUUAUUAAUUAAAAACAGUGGAAUUAUGAAUAAAAUAGCAUACACAACCAUGGCAACAGGCGUCAAUUUGGGGCAAUGUGACAAAAGCGCCCAUCAGUAUUGGGCGUUUUUUUAUUAAACGUUGUAAAUUACCGUAAGCGUAAUUUUUCACAUGAAAUGCAUUACCAUGGGUUCAAAACCACCUUUGUAAAUUUGGGCCUUUGGAUAUUCUAUGUAAAUAGUUACACGUAAAAUUGUUUCAUGAAACAUACUCCAUAGGUAUAUACAACAAAAUGUUAUCAAGAUUUUUGUUUUUUAAAGUCUUUACUGCCCAUACAGCAUAGAAACUUGCUUUCUAUCGCCUUUUACAUGUAUAUUCUCACAUUGUACAAUAUGAUACAUAAACAUGACAAUAAAAAAAACACAUGAAAAGGCGUUUUACAUGAAUGUGCAUAACCGUAAUGAUAAUAGAGCGAACUUCCGUAAGUUAUUAAUGAUGAUGUUAAAACUAAUACAGACAACAUUAUGUAACACCUGUCUCAUAUAUUUUGGUAGCCACAUGGUCGAAUAUAUAUGUUUGUCCAAUAAGGUCAGCAUGAUUGUAUCAUUUUACGUUGGCUAAGUUAUGAUUAUAAAUCGUAUGGCUUAUUGAAUUUUUCGAAGUCGACUCUCUUCAAGAACUUCAUAAUUGUACAGUGCAUCCCACAAAAAAGGAAACCCAUUUUUAGAGAUAGAUUUCACAAUUAUUAAAUAUAUUUUUACUACGAAUUUGGUAUUCAUGGCAAGAUUGGAAUCUCAUCUCUAAUUUGAACCAUCAGCUUAGCGAAUCAUUCAUGCAUGACAGAUUACAAACAAAUAUUGAGGCAUGUCAGAAAAGAUUUGUGCAAAAGUGAGUGAGAGAAUCUUAAAAAAGAAUACAAAAGAAAUGCUAAUGAGCCUAUCGUCGUAUCAUGAACCAAUCAUGUCCAAUUUUUCUGCGCCUUAGAAUUUCAAACUUGUCUUGCUAAUUAAUGCGUGAAGUGUUUGUGUCAUAUUAGGCAUCAACAUAAAAAGGAAUAAUUGAAUUAUAUGAUUAUGUAAAAUGAAAGGAAAUAUGCAUGGGAAUCCCAGUUUCCUUUUUUCUGGGACGCACUGUACAUUGCCAUUCCAAUUAAAAAGCUUUUAUCAUAAUUGUUAUUGUGUUCACAGGGUAGAUUAUUUAUCUAAUCUUAUAACUCCCAAGAACAUUCUUAAUGACAGCUUCAUAAGCAAUUUGAAAUGUGAAUCUUUACCAGUACUAUUUGAAAAUGAAGUAAAUUAUAUGCAUAUAUUGUUUGAACAAA